AUGGACUCUUCAGCAAGGUUGGAUUCGAUUGUGUUUCAGCUCACACCAACUAGAACCAGGUUUGAUUUGGUAAUUACUGUGAAUGGAAAGAAGGAGAAAAUAGCCUCAGGUUUGUUCAACCCCUUUCAUUGCCACUUGAAGGUUGCUCGGGAUCAAAUGGCGAAGGGUGGUUAUUCAAUUGUUCUUGUGCCGGAACAUGGAAGCGAUGCCACAUGGUUUACCAGAGGAACUAUUGAAAGGUUUGUUCGUUUUGUGAGCACACCUGAGAUACUGGAACGCGUAUAUACUAUAGAAUCCGAAAUCUUACAAAUUGAAGAGGCAAUUGCAAUUCAAGGAAAUAACUUCAUUGGUAGCAUUGUGGAAGAAAACCAAAUAAAUCAAGAAAGUACCGAAGGGACUUUUGAAAGGACAAGAAGGAAGAUUAAUCAGAAUGGUAAUGCGGUGAAAGCAGUUGUUCCUUAUAAGCCACCUAAAGCAAACGGAAGCACCCGGUCUCAAGGAAAAUCAAAAGUUCAGAUUUUGAGAGUCCUGGAGACACGCAGCUCGUUGCUACAUAAAGAGCAAGGAAUGGCAUUUGCACGUGCUGUUGCUGCUGGUUUUGACAUUGUUUACAUACCAGAUUUGAUGUCAUUUGCUGAACGCUUUGAAGCAUCACGGUUGAUGGAUGCAUGUAGAAAAUUCACAUUUCUAUGGAGGAGAAAGCAUGAAAAUGGCCUAUUGCUUGAAAUUGAAGUUUCUGAAGUGACUCCUAAUCGUGCAGACUUCUCUGCAAUAAAUACAUCUGGCAUUGUACUUUCUGACAAUACGGUCGAUGCAUCCCACACCGAUAUAGGCUCAGAAAGUAAUGGUGAAAAAGCAAAUUCAGGUACCCAUAAUAUUCAAAGUCAAUUCACUCAUCAUGGAUUCUCCCCUUGGCCAGUUCAUUCUCCCCCGGAGGCUUUGCCAGUGUUUCAUCCGUAUCCGGUCGAUGGCGUAUCCUACUAUCCGACUUAUCCAGGAAACGGACCGCUUAUGCAAACCGGUUAUCCGCCUACUGAGGAUCCCGGACUACAUGCUGGUCAAAGUAUGCAACAUAGGAGACAUUCCAUGGAUAAUAGACACAACAAUACUGAAUCCGAAAAUUGGGACAGAGAUAAUUCGAAUACAAGGUUUCAGGAUGAAGUGGAAAUUGAGAGAGAAGGUUUGCAUACUGGAGACCGAAGAAAAAAGGCUAGUCGAUCAGACAGGCGUAAAUCUGGCACGAUGGUCAUACACAAUAUCAAUUGCAUAACAAAGACAGAACGUUCUUCUGGCAGUGGAUCAUAUUCUGAUUCUGCAACCGAAACUGAUGAAGAUAUUAAAGAAUCUGGGAAGACCUCAAAAAGAAGAGGAUCCGGUAAGGCAUCUUUGAAGAGGUUGAAUUCAAGAAAUAAAGAAGAAACAGACUAUGGAAAGGAAGCAGAUGGAGGACAUUGGAAUGUAUUUCAAAAUUAUUUAUUGAGCGGUGUAGAUGAAGGUAGACAUGCCAUUAACCGAGACCAGUUUGAAGUGGAAAAAGUCGAUCAUGUGAGAAAUAUAAAACAUGUUGCAACCGAUGAUCCUUUAGAAUUUACUGGUAAUUUACAUCCUUCAUCAGACGUGGCUGCUGUCAAUGGACCAGAUUCUUCAAACACUAAUUUGGAAAGAAAGCUGUUUCGUAAUGCGAAUGAUGACUCCUUCAUGGUUGAACACAGGGUCAAUGAACGGAAUAUUGAGAGAAAUGCUAUUGACAUGGACACAGAGUUCCCGAAGGUGCAUAAAAAGGAAGAAAAACCGAAAAUUUCCAAUUAUCAACCAGAUGAAUUGAGCUUAAUGCCUGAACGAGGAACUGAUAAAGGGUCAGUACGUUAUGACUGUGCACUAGACUACGAAAUGCAGGCCAAAUCUGUAAGUGGUUCUUCACAAGAAAAGAAGAACAAGGGGGAAUUGGCUCAGCACACCAAACCAGGAUCUAAGAUGUUGGAUAAGGAGCAGAAGUCGAAACCUAUUCCAAGUAGUUCUGAUAGAAAAAAGACCGUUGGGCCAAUAAGAAGAGGAAAAACUAAUAAACCAAGUCCAUUAGAUGAAGCACGCGCACGUGCUGAAAGACUACGAAACUACAAAGCCGAUCUCCAGAAAAUGAAGAAAGAGAAGGAAGAGGAAGAUAUAAAACGUAUAGAGGCUUUAAAGAAGGAGAGGCAAAAGAGAAUUGCUGCUAGGAGUAGCUCAGUCACCAGACUACCCACCAAGUCACCGAUGCCACCACAGCAAACAAAGAAACAGUUUUCGACGAAAUUUUUGCCAAGCGUGCAUAAAGGAUCAAAGUUUAGUGAUUCAGAGCCAAGGACAUCCUUACCCUUCCAAAGAUUUCCUAUCAGAGCUGCUUCUGGUGGAUCUAAUGAUUCUUCAAAAGCCUCGAAAACCGGAGGACUGAAUACUGGUAGCCACUCAGUUACAAGCAAAUUAAGGCGGUCAGUGCCUCCUCUGCCUGAACCUAAGCAAGAGAAGGGUGAUGGUGCAACCGAUAAGGCAUCAAUAACACGCAUUAGAAGACUCUCAGAACCUAAAAUGAGUACUGUUCGUCCGACUUCCUUAUUCAAAUCACAGAGCUCGAGGACAACUUCAAGGACUAGAGCAACUGAUGAGACCGAGAGAAGAAAAAUUUCGGCUAUUGUGAACUACGAUAAAGGAAAGAUUGCAACCCUUCCAGAACUGAAAAUCAGAAUAUCCAAAGAAAGUCACAGUGACAAGCCUUCUAUAAAUUCAGAAGGUGCCUUGCAGAAGAAAAGUGGAAUGGAACUUUCAUCCAUGGAUGAUGGAGAUGACAAUCCUAUUAUUGAUAAGAAUAUUGUGAUGCUUGAGUGUGAAAAACCUUGUGCCCCUGAUAUUAAUGACAAGAAAUCAAGAGAAAAAUUAGCAAUAGCAAAGAGACAGUUUGACAAUGGUAUAGUAAUGGAGAAAACUGAGACCGUAUCAAGUUAUGAUGCUGUUUGUGCACCGACUUCAUCCUUAAGAGCAAAUGUGGUAGACAUAGAAGCUUUGGAGAACCAAUCACAAGUAAAACCCGUAUCCUUGAAGGUUAAAAUGAAUAAUACAGUGAAAGAAUCUUCAAAAUCAUCUAGUACAAGCACUCGUGUUGCUGAGGAAACAUAUCGUGCCUCAUACUCUCGAGGUUCUUUGUUGGAAAGUCGUUUUACACGAAACUCUGAGCAUGGUAAAGCACCUCCCGCAAGCUUGGAGACUGCAUCGAUUGGUGUGGAGACUUUUAGAGCACAUGCGUCCGAGACUAGAAACUCUACACUUGCAAAGAUUCCUGAGGUAAAUGAGAAUCCUCAGGUGAAGGAGUCGCCGAAAGGGUUAAGACGGCUGUUAAAGUUUGGAAGAAAGAAUCACAAUGCAUCUAAUGGGCGCAACAUGGAAUCAAAUCAUGCCAUCAUUGAUGGUUCUGAAGCAAAUGAAAUUGGAGCAAACGGCUCCUCCGGUGAAGUUUUCACUUUGAAGAAUUUGCUCUCUCGAGAUGAAACUCAUUCGACCAACGCAGCUCCUCAAAAGUCUACUCGCUCUUUCUCCUUGUUAUCAUCGUUUCGAAGCAACAUCAGAGAGAAAAAGAUAAUGAUGGCUUGA